GGAAGCUACGGAGGUUAAUUUGUAGCGCCAUCAGCUUCCGGAAGGAGGGAGGGUGGGGAUAAGAGAACAUGAUGUCACUCUGGUUCAUUCCAUUUCUUUUUCUUUCCUUAUUUGAUGAGGCAAUCGGGAGGCCGUUCUAUGAACUCCCAAGCAAAUUACAGAACAGACACAAAGAACCCAUACAGUCUUUUCGACCAUACAAUAUAGCUCAUCGAGGAUCAAAUGGCGAAAUUCCUGAAGAAACGGUGGAUGCUUAUAUGAGAGCUAUUGAAGAAGGUGCAGACUUUAUAGAAACUGAUAUCCUUGCUACUAAGGAUGGUGCACUAAUUUGUUUUCAUGAUGUAAAUCUUGAUGAUAUCACUGAUAUUGCUGAUCAUAAGGAGUUUGCCGGUCGCAAAGCUACCUAUGAGGUCCAAGGUGAAAAUAUUACUGGAUAUUUCGUAGUGGACUUCACACUUGAUGAACUUAAAUCAUUAACGCUGAAGCAGCGCUAUAAGUUUAGAGAUCAACAGUACAAUGGGAAGUUUUCAAUUAUCACAUUUGAGGAGUUUAUUGCAAUUGCUCUAGAUGCUAACAGGAUUGUGGGAAUAUAUCCAGAAAUUAAGAAUCCAAUUUUCAUCAAUCAGCAUGUCAAAUGGGCGGAUGGAAAAAAGUUUGAAGAUAAAUUUGUGGAGACGCUUCUUAAGUAUGGUUAUAAAGGUUCCUACAAAUCAAAGGAAUGGCAAGAACAACCAGUGUUCAUACAGUCUUUUGCCCCGGCUUCCCUUAUUUAUAUUUCAAACAUGACUGAUUCUCCAAAAAUAUUGUUGAUUGAUGAUGUCGACAUCCCAACUCAGGAUACUAACCAGACAUACGCACAGAUAACUUCAGAUAGUUACUUCGCCUAUAUAAAAGAUUAUGUUCUUGGGAUUGGACCUUGGAAAGAUACUAUAGUUCCUCCAAACGAUAAUCAUUUGUCUUCAGCCACUGAUCUUGUUGCAAGGGCACAUGCUCAUAAUCUACAGGUUCAUCCAUACACAUUCAGGAAUGAGAACCAAUUCCUGCAUUUUAACUUUCAUCAGGACCCUUAUGAUGAAUAUGAUUACUGGAUAAAUGUUAUCGGUGUCGACGGGUUAUUUACAGAUUUCACAGGGAGUCUUCAUCACUAUCAGGAAUGGGCAUCCACUCCCAAGCCAAAGGGAGCUGAAUCAGACAUAUUGAAGAGAAUUGCCUCCAUCAUCUCUUCCUAUAAACAUGAGUAAAUUUUUAUGGUUUUUCUUUUGUUCAAAAUUACAUGUAUCAACCUGCUAUCAAAUACUCAUUGUUCUAUGUUCUUGUAAAAGAUCCCUGUCGAAAAUUUGUGUAUUGUUCUAAUUUGAUGGAAUUAUCAUGAAAUUUGUGCCUAUAAAUGCAUCUUCUGUCAGAAGUGGGUUGUAUUAUCAUCACUGCUAUUGAUGCACCAUUAUCGAAGUUAUUCAUGAAA